AUGCGCCGCGAAAUGGCCCCCAUGCCGGCAAUCCCGCGCCAGAGCGAUUUUGGCAUCCAUGAAGUGUGGGCAGACAACCUCGAGACCGAGUUCGCCGCCCUUCGUGCUGCCGUUGACAAGUAUCCCUUCAUCUCCAUGGUGAGCUAUGGGGUCGGUAAUCCAGCUGACUGUCAGGACACCGAGUUCCCCGGUAUUGUCGCGCGUCCUAUCGGUACCUUCAAGACUGGCUCGGACUAUCACUACCAGACGAUGCGCUGCAAUGUCGACAUGCUCAAGAUCAUUCAAUUAGGAAUUACACUUUGUGACGAGGAGGGAAACAGCCCGGAAGGCAUGACGUGGCAGUUCAACUUCCAGUUCAACCUCGCCGACGACAUGUACGCUCCGGAAUCGAUUGAGCUCCUGAAGAACUCUGGAAUCGACUUCAAGCGUAACCAGGAGGACGGAAUCGAUGUCGAGUACUUUGGCGAGCUGCUUGUCACCUCUGGACUGGUGCUGUUCCCGAACAUCAAAUGGGUCUCAUUCCACUCUGGUUAUGACUUCGGUUACCUUCUGCGCAUCUUGACGUGCGAGCCGCUGCCGGCGACGGAGAACGACUUCUUCCGGUUGCUCUUCAUCUGGUUCCCGUGUAUCUACGACAUCAAGCACGUCGUGCGGAGCGUGAAGACCCUUCGAGGAGGUCUGCAGGAGAUUGCCGAGUCGCUCGGCAUCCAACGGAUAGGUCCCCAGCACCAGGCGGGAAGUGACUCGCUCCUGACCGCCGCCGUGUUUUUCAGGAUACGCUCGACCUACUUCAACAACGAGCUCGAUGACAACUACUACAAGAACUACCUCUACGGCUUCUCCAGCGGACGCAGCCCUCGCCCGCCUGGAGAGACUACCAAGCCCCCAUCCCCGACCCCGGCAGCGCAGCUCCUGGGCGGGGAGAAGCCGUACUAG